UUCCCGCCGGAGGCUUUUGCCCACCGUCCCGGUGUUCCCCGAGGGAGGGGGGCGGUGGUGGCAGCUGGGGCUGCAGUUGCAGCCCAGGGGUCCGGAAGUCAACACCAUGUCGAGUCUGCACAAGAGCCGGAUUGCAGAUUUCCAGGAUGUCCUGAAGGAGCCCUCCAUUGUGUUGGAAAAGCUUCGAGAACUCAGUUUUAGUGGCAUCCCCUGUGAGGGCGGACUGCGGUGCCUCUGCUGGAAGAUCCUCCUGAACUACCUCCCUUUGGAGAGAGACUCGUGGGAUUCCAUCCUGGCCAAGCAGAGGGGGCUUUAUUCACAGUUCCUGAGAGAGAUGAUUAUUCAGCCUGGCAUUGCGAAGGCCAACAUGGGUGUGUCCAGAGAGGACGUGACCUUUGAGGACCAUCCCCUGAACCCAAACCCUGACAGCAGGUGGAACACAUAUUUUAAGGACAACGAGGUGCUAUUGCAGAUCGACAAAGAUGUCCGGAGGCUGUGCCCAGAUAUAUCCUUCUUCCAAAGAGCCACGGAGUACCCCUGCCUCCUCAUCCUGGACCCACAGAAUGAGUUUGAGACCCUUCGUAAGCGUGUGGAGCAGACGACACUGAAGUCUCAGACGGUGGCCCGGAACCGAAGCGGGGUCACAAAUAUGAGCUCCCCGCACAAGAACAAUGCACCAUCAGCCCUGAACGAGUAUGAGGUUCUACCCAAUGGCUGCGAAGCCCACUGGGAGGUGGUGGAGCGGAUCCUGUUCAUCUAUGCCAAGCUCAACCCUGGCAUCGCUUAUGUGCAGGGCAUGAAUGAGAUCGUGGGCCCCCUCUACUACACUUUUGCCACUGACCCUAACAGCGAGUGGAAAGAGCACGCUGAAGCAGAUACCUUUUUCUGCUUCACCAACCUCAUGGCCGAGAUACGGGACAACUUCAUCAAGAGCCUGGAUGACUCCCAGUGCGGCAUCACCUACAAGAUGGAAAAGGUGUACUCCACCUUGAAGGAGAAGGACGUGGAGCUCUACCUGAAGCUGCAAGAACAGAGUAUCAAGCCUCAGUUCUUUGCCUUCCGAUGGCUGACACUGCUGCUGUCCCAGGAGUUCUUGUUGCCUGAUGUCAUCCGGAUAUGGGACUCCCUCUUUGCUGAUGGCAACCGCUUCGAUUUCCUCCUCCUGGUCUGCUGUGCUAUGCUCAUACUGAUCCGGGAGCAGUUGCUGAAGGGGGACUUCACUGCCAACAUGCGGCUUCUGCAGGAUUACCCCAUCUCAGAUGUCUGCAAGAUCUUACAGAAAGCCAAGGAACUCCAAGACUCGAAGUAACCCGGCAGCAGGAGGCCCAGGACUAGAAGAACAUUCACCUGCGCUCUGCACCCUUCAUUUUGGGACACAAAGGAGCCUGUGAGAGAGCCAGCCUGAGGGCAAGCUGCAGUCUCUGAGGGCCAGCUCCGGGUCUGCCCAGCCUGCGUGCAGGGUCCAGGCUGCUCCUGGAGCACACCGUGCUGCGCUCCUUCCCAGUGCUCAGCCUGCCACACCCUGCACUCCAGCCUGGGACCCUCACCAGACUGCUCAGAAGGCUGGGGCUCCUCAGCUGGCUUCCUGGGGCUGAGUCACGGGGCCUAGGAGGCUCAGGUCCUGUCAGGCCUCUGCCCAGGGGCUCCUCACCCUUUGUGCUUUCACCUUCCCUGGGCGCUGAUCAGGGAGGGAAUCGGCGAAUGGGCCGGAAACCACUUCUGCGUGUUGGUGCUCGAGCUACCUGGGGAAGCACUCCAGAGGAGCUGAGUGACUGCCAGUUCUAGGGGCACCGUUUGUCUCCAUCAGGUGUUUGCUCGUGGCCGUUAGGGCUGUCUCCCGGGUCUCUGCUUUUGUGUGUGUGUGUACACGUGUGUUCACACAUGCCCUGGCAGUGGGGUGAGGGUGUGUGGGAACCCUCUAAGGCCCUGCUUCCCCUUCUGUGUCUACCUCUGCCUGUCCCUUUCUUCCUUUGCCAGAGGCAUGUGUGAUUCCUGCGAUUCUUCCUCUGUCUUUUCCUCUUCCUUCUCUCGGGGCGCCUUACCCUGACCCCUUCCCUCGCUCCUCCCCUCUGCUCCCUGAAGUCAGCAUUCAGAAGGAGUGUAGCUUCGUGAAAGCCCUGGAGGCCAGCUUUGUUGGCCUCCUGUUCCCAUCCCCAGCCUGAGGCCUCCAGGUCCCCUCAUCAGAGCAGGAGUCCCUAGUAUUUGGUCAGCAGACUUGAGGAAGCCAAGUGCUGCUGACAACGGCCGCCUGUGAAGCUCCGAGCCUGGCUCCCAUUUUCUGCCCAAGAAUGGAGAAAGGAAGGACGGGAGAGUCUUCAGUCAGAGAUGAAGACACCAUGGCACCUCUGUGCCUGGGAGCUGCCACCCCUUGACUUCCAUGUCCCCACCCAGGGUGUGCAGGUCUUGUCAAAGGCAAGGGGACCAAAGAAUGCUUCUCUGGGUCCAGGGUUGGCUUGACUGGAAAGCCUGGAGCCUCACAGUGCCAGAGGGCUACAUCUGGCCUCUGUCCCUCGGGGCGGGGCGGGGCGGGGCUGGGGAGGCUGCAGAGGUGCUGGCCUUCCUGGUCUUCUGGCGCUGGGGCUGGGUUCCCUGCACCCUGUUCCGCAAGUAGACUGUCCUGACCAUGUCCCUUCUGGCUCUCGUGUGGAGGGAGGGAGGGAAGGCGGCCUGAGUCCUGAAGGCAGGCUGGCAGCAAGGGUUCUCACCUGAGGCUCCAGC